AAGAGAGAGGAGAGGGAAAGACCUUCAUCAUCUGUGUUACAAACGUGACACAAAGGGGUUUAGGGGGCGGCCGAGUGUGUUGCGGUUCAACGCGCUGCCUCAGCUGGGUUUUCUUCCCCAUCUGUGCGAUAUCCUCAAGUCCGAACCCUCGGAUCAGGGUCACUUGCCAAAGGUGGACUGUUUUUUUUUGUUUUCUCCCUCUCCGUUCUUUGUACUUCCUUCUCGAGGAGAAGGCUGGUGUAAUAGAAACCAGACGCAAGCCAGAAUGUGAGGCAUUCACAGCGGCGAGACCUCACUUCUUCACAGAGGGGGGAAGAACGGAAAAGAAAGUAGAAACUAUCAGUCAAUCGUUGGUUUUAUUUAUUUUUGGCCAUUCUGGAAGUUAUCAAUAAGACGGAAAAGACCAGGACAUUAAGAUGGAAGUGAUAUGCAACGGAUCAGACUGUGCAGGAGAUAUCUAGAGAGGGCAAAAGACACCUUCAGGAUGGGAAAUGCAUGUACAACUUUUCAAGACUCUAGUUGACAAGCUUCUCAGAGCAACAUGAGCUGGAGCUUCCUCACUCGUCUCCUGGAAGAGAUCCACAACCACUCCACCUUUGUGGGGAAAGUGUGGCUGACGGUGCUCAUCAUCUUCCGCAUCGUGCUCACGGCCGUCGGAGGCGAGUCCAUCUACUCGGACGAGCAGACCAAGUUCACCUGCAACACCAAGCAGCCGGGCUGCGACAACGUCUGCUACGAUGCGUUCGCCCCUCUCUCGCACGUCCGCUUCUGGGUCUUCCAGAUCAUCAUGAUCUCCACUCCCUCCAUCAUGUACAUGGGCUACGCUAUCCACAAGAUAGCCCGAACCACAGAGGAGGAUCGCAGGAAGCGCCAGAGGCUCCGCAAGAAGCACACUCCUCACUCCAGAUGGAGGGAGGGCCACCAUCUGGAAGAUGUCUUGGAGGAGGAGGAAGAUGACGAUGCUGAGCCCAUGAUCUACGAGGAUCCGCUGGGGGAGCAAGAGGCCAAGCCCGAACCGAUGACCAGCUUAGGCAAAGAUCCGCCGAAACACGACGGCCGCCGAAGGAUAAUGCAGGAAGGCCUGAUGAGAAUCUAUGUGCUGCAGCUCAUGUCCAGAGCUAUUUUUGAAAUCGCUUUCCUCGCCGGACAGUAUCUCCUCUACGGCUUUCGAGUUAGUCCAUCGUAUGUAUGCAACAGGAUCCCCUGUCCACACAGGGUGGACUGCUUCAUCUCCAGGCCCACAGAGAAAACAAUCUUCCUCCUCAUCAUGUAUGUGGUGAGCUGCCUUUGUCUGGUGCUGAAUGUGUGCGAGAUGCUCCACAUCGGAAUCGGCACUUUCCGGGACACCCUGCGCAUGAAGAGGAACCGGGGCAUGAGGACGUCCUACGGCUACCCGUUUUCUCGAAACAUCCCAGCCUCUCCUCCGGGGUACAACCUUGUGAUGAAGACAGACAAACCCGGCAGGAUCCCCAACAGCCUCAUCACCCACGAGCAGAACAUGGCCAACGUGGCCCAGGAGCAGCAGUGCGCCAGCCCGGACGAGAACAUCCCGUCUGAUUUGGCGAGCCUGCACCGGCACCUACGGGUGGCCCAGGAACAGCUCGAUAUGGCCUUUCAAACAUAUCAAACCAAAACCAACCAGCAAACAUCGCGGACCAGUAGUCCUGUAUCUGCGGGCACCGUGGCAGAACAAAAUCGGGUCAAUACAGUCCAAGAGAAACAAGGAGCGAGGCCCAAAUCUGCCACAGAGAAGGCUGCCACCAUCGUCAAGAAUGGAAAGACCUCUGUUUGGAUCUAGAGAUGAAUCUGAUUAAGUUCAUUAACAGUUUAAACGUUUAGGACUCCAGGACUCACGCAGCCGGAAGAUGUGUGUGUGUGUGUGUGUGUGUGUGUGUGUGUGUGUGUGUGUGUGUGUGUGUGUGUGUGUGUGUGUGUGUGUGUGUGUGUGUGUGUGUGUGUGUGUGUGUGUGUGUGUGUGGGAGGGAUGCGACUUAGGACAAUAACAAUUGAGACUUUCAAUCACCCGCUGAAGGAGCGCAGUACACAGUUUGGGGGAAUUUUAAAAGAAAACCACACGUGGAACUGAUCGAAUCCAGUAUCACAAAUCUUCUCUGUUUCUGUAGUGUGUCACGUUGUUCUUCCCAUAGCUUCAGGACAUGGUUAACAUGUGCUUACCUAAUUAUACAUCUCUAAUUCUCGAUAAAAUUUCAAAAUAUAAACAGACUGCUUUCGGCUAUUUAUCUGAUCUACCCUUGACUGCCACUGAACUGGAUUUAUCUAACUUUGUAAGUGCGAUUGUACCCUCAAUCCAAAUAUGAAAAACGCAGUGAAAAACACUGUACAAAUGCACAAUGACUGACUUGUGAAGAAUGAGGGUUAUUGUUGGAGAGGCGCUUGUUUAACAUGUUGGGUUGUAUUUUUGGAUGUAGUGUGGAGCAGGUUCUCUGGAAGCAGAUGAAAUGUGAAAUGUUUUGAUGAAGAUAAUGAAACAGGGCUGGAUCUUCUGGUGGAUAUCAGCUCAGCGUGAUGAUCUUCAGUCGUUGCGUGCAAAGCCUUUAUCUAUUCUGUAUUUUUCAAAGCCUCAAACGUGUCACGUUUCAAACAGAGGAAGUAAUUACAUUUUUUUUCCGAUGCCAAGUAAAUAUUUUUGACAAAUGGAAACAGAUGAUGCAUGCUUUAGAACUUGGAACAAAACAUAUACACAUCCAGUAGAAACCCAUCCAUAGCUAUUCAAUUAGCUCUAUAUUUAUCUUAUGUUUAGAUAUGUUAGGUCUUGAAGAUGAUCAUUUCAGUUUGUAUGUUUCUAAUAUGUAAUCCUGCCUUCACUGUUGUCAUACUUCAAAGUGCCUAAAACUUUUAAAGACUGUUCUCGUAUUUCAUUCAUGAAGAAAUAAAGUCAUUUGAAACCUC